CGAGCGGUGCCGUACUCUUCCUCUUCGGAUGCCUUGUUGAAGGAAGCAAAGUCUGUUAAACAUGAGUUUCCACUACGGACAGGGCUAUCCAGGAGGAGGCAACGUACCACGAGGUGCUCCAUACGGUGGAGCCGGGGCACCCUAUGGUGCUCCCCCCUCAGCUCCUUACGGAGCUCCUGCAGGUCCUGCAGGAGGUCACUAUGGCGGUUAUGGAGCCCCAGGUCAAGGGGGUCAUUAUGGGCAUGGACCAGGUGGUGCCCCCGGUGGGCCCUAUGGAGGUUACGGGGGACAACCUCAUGGAGGACCUGGUGGAUAUCAUGCUCCUGCAGCUAGCAUCCCUCCUGGCGUUAAUCCAGAGGCGUACCAGUGGUUCCAGAGCGUUGACACGGACCACAGUGGCUUCAUCAACCUGAAGGAGUUGAAGCAGGCGCUUGUCAACUCGAACUGGUCUGCGUUUAAUGACGAGACCUGCCUCAUGAUGAUCAACAUGUUUGACAAGACGCGGUCGGGUCGAAUCGACCUGUUUGGUUUCUCUGCGUUGUGGGACUUCAUGCAGCGGUGGAGAGCGUUGUUCCAGCAAUAUGACAGAGAUCGCUCAGGAACUAUCAGCGGCGCAGAGCUACACCAAGCCCUCGCUCAGAUGGGUUACAAUCUCAGCCCCCAGUUUUCUGAGACGCUGGUGCAGCGUUUCAGCUUCCGAGGCGGGCGACCCGGCAUCCAGCUGGACCGCUUCAUCCAGGUGUGCACGCAGCUCCAGAGCAUGACGCAGGUGUUCAGGGAGAGAGACACGAACAUGUCGGGCAACGUUCGCCUCAGCUACGAGGAUUUUCUCGCUGGUGCCAUCACCAGGCUCAUGUGAGCCUCGUUCCACUGACACUCCCUCUGCACUGUGGAUGCACAGUACCAUUCCAUGUUCAGGUUAUAGUUUCUUCAGCCUUGAAUGCUUCGCCUUAAGUGCCCCCACAUGUUGCUAUGUACACAAUAUACCAGCCAGUACAGAUUGCUCCAUAGCCUGUUGCUGUGAAUAGAUAAAACCUACACUAUGCACCUCAGUGAAGUCCAGUGACUGCUUUGGAGGUUUUCACUGGAUAUCCUAUCUUUUAACAGGACACAGAAAGUGGCUUCUUAGCAUCAUUAUGUCCACUGGUCCUGUGUCCUUCUGUCUUUCUAAACAGUCUCAUCUUUACCAAAGAUGCCUUGGUGAUCGUGACUGUUACCAUGCUUCUUGUUCACUAGUACCAGUACUUGGUAUCAUGUUUAAUCACCUGGAUGUCGACUCCACUAACUACCUACCUGUCAGGCCUGAAUCAGCGUAAAGACUUGAAUACAGGAGAUAAUGUAGUAAGUGAAUGAAUGAGGUACAAUUCUGUGUUAGUGACAAUGCUGACCUGCAAGUUCCUACUCUGUGAAUUUGCUCACAUGCAGUAAUAACAUCGUCCCGUGCCAUUAAAACCAUCAAAACUCCUCUUACAUUUAUGUCCACGGAGGGGGAUUCAGCAUUUCCAGAAGCUAUUUCCAUGCAAAGGUUAAACAUGGACACGUUUUAUAACAUGAGAAUUAUUCUACCCUCACAAUUAGUGGAGUGUUAAAGUGAUUUCAAGUCUACAAAAAAAUAAAUGUAUUGUAUUUUUCCGCUAAAUUGCACUUCUAGAAAAAAAAAAAGAUGUAUGACCAAAAAAAAUAAGAGAGAUUAAAUUGUGCCUCAUUAUGUUUUCAUUCCAAUUAAAUGGGAACUUCAGUAUUUCUGUGGCCAGUACAUUAAGGGUCUGUAAUUAAUGGAUAAUGCACUCCACUGUGUCAUAUAUUCUGAAACCAUUAAACAUGCCAGAAUGGUUUGUAAUGCCAAAAGCAAAUAAAUGUUUUCAUAUUCAUUAUGGACUUCA